AUGAGUAUCUCGCACCGAUUCCGUCCUAUCGCUGUCGCCGCCGCACUCCUCGCCGGCACCAACCUCGCCCAAGCCGCAGACUACCUCAUCACCUUCGGCGACUCCUACUCCCAGACUGGCUUCAACGUCAGCGCCGCCAAACCCUCCGCCGCUAACCCCAUAGGGAAUCCUCCCUACCCAGGAUGGACCACUUCCGGCGGCCCCAACUGGAUCGGCUACCUCCUAGAAGACUACUCCGCCUCGACUCUCCUCUCCUACAACUUCGCCUACGGGGGCGCCACCGUGAAUGCCUCGCUCGUGAAGCCAUAUCAGCCUACGGUGAAGAGCUUGAUUGAUCAGGUGAAGCAGUUCAGUGAUAGCAUUGCCCCGAAGCCGAGUUAUGCGCCCUGGAACGCCGAAAACUCGCUCUUCGCGAUUUGGAUGGGCGUCAACGAUGUAGGGAACUCGUUUUGGCUGGAGAACGUGACAGAGCUCCAUGGGAAAAUCAUGCAGGAUUAUUUUGAGGAGGUCGAGGUGUUGUAUCAGGCGGGGGCGAGGAAUUUUGCCUUCCUGAAUGUGCCUCCGAUUAACAAGUCCCCGAUGAUGCUCGCUCAACCUGAGGAAUCGAGGGAGCUGGAGGCCACUGUGAUUGCAAAGUUCAAUCAGCUCCUUGUCGAUCAUGCGAAUGCGUUCGCCUCCUCGCACCAAGGAGUCAAGAUAGUGGUCGUCGAUACGCAGGCGCCGUUCGAUGCAGCAAUUGCCGAUCCGGCGAAGUAUGGCAGUAAGGAUGCCACCUGCUUCAACUCGGAUGGGAAGACUUGCUUGUGGUUCAACGAUUACCAUCCUGGGACAGCCAUUCAUGGUCUUGUCGCGGAGGCGGUGGCGAGGACUUGGAAUGGGUCAAUUUUUAGGGAAAUCAAUUGACGGUGGUCAGAAUGAUGGAAUGUGGUGUCCUGAGGCUAGACUUUUACGACUCUGACCUGUGAGGACAAUUACUGAGGUUCGAACAUCACUUAGAGAAGGAUUAACUCUCCAUAGGAUUGGACAAUGCAUCUGAUUAUGGGUCUUUACACUGCUUUUAUGCUCAAGCUCUUGAAAAGUUCUUCUCAUCCAUUCAAUGUUGCGCCAGUCAAGUCCUGGUAGCUAUGAGGGAGUAGCAACCCUGAGAAUCGGUCAGUCGCCACACACGAGUGCAUUCGAGUACCCCCCUUCCUCCCAUCUUGCUUGUCUAUGUCAAUCCCAACUUCUACACAAACGUACACGUGGAUGGGCGGUGGGGACGCAAUCAUCGCGUGUCAUGUCGAGC